ACUUGAAGAAAACCGCCAACACAGACCAACCCAGUGGGCGGAGAUCUGCGGCUUUCAGGUCUUUUCGCACCCAGCAUUUUUCCAUCCCAUCACAAUUUCGAAACCGAAGGAAUGUGCGUCGCAGUUUGGACCUAAGUGUUUCCCGGUGAAGCGGACCACGCUGUUGACUUAAAAGAGUUAGUGUGUUGAGGGCUGAAUGGUAAGCUACGGGAGCUGUUAGGUACCGACGACGGGACGUGUCUGUGGAAGUAUUGUUUCCCCAAUUUCCUCUCAACUACACUGAACUUUGAAACCCAGUAAUCUCACCUGCGUAUUGAAGUUACAUUGAGGAACUACAAACAUGGGUCAAGCCGCCACGCAGAGCAGGGAGGAACUGUGCUAGAACCAGACUCUCAGCACCAGAUGUGGACAUAAGAAACUAAACAUCCGCCUUGUGGAAUUUACAAAGAAAUCGAUUCCAUCAGUGUCAGUGUUAAUAUUAUCCAAGAGGCCGUUUGAGACAUGGCGUCCAGCCUAACGUGUGCGGGUGUCAUAUGGGCGCUUCUCUCGCUGCUGUGCGCCGCUGCGUCCUGCGUCGGGUUCUUCAUGCCUUACUGGUUGCUAGGUUCUCAGAUGGGCAAGCCCGUCUCCUUCGGAACUUUCCGCCGCUGCUCCUACCCAGUGCGCGACGAGGCGCGCGGCGCCACGGUGAUGCUGGAGCAGUGCGGCCGCUACGCGUCGUUCCAGGGCAUCCCGAGCCUGGAGUGGAGGAUCUGCACGGUGGUGACGGGGGUGGGCUGCGGCUUGCUGCUGCUCGUGGCGCUCACCGCUCUCAUGGGCUGCUGCGUCUCCGAUCUCAUCUCCAGAACCGUGGGGCGUGUGGCCGGAGGCAUCCAGUUCGUAGGGGCUCUGUUGAUAGGGUCGGGGUGUGCCCUGUACCCUCUGGGCUGGGACAGUGAGGAGGUCCGUCAGACUUGCAGCAACAGCUCCAACCAGUUUGAGCUGGGUUCCUGUGAGAUGGGCUGGGCGUUCUACUGCACGGGCGCCGGGGCUGCGGCCGCCAUGUUGUUGUGCACCUGGCUGGCCUGCUUCGCUGGCAGGAAACAGAAGCAGUACCCCUACUGACUCUGAGCGGGUGCUGUUUGUGCGGUUUCGUAUGUGUGCGUACGGGGUCCUGCGUGCCUGUGUGUGCGUGUGUGUGUGUGUUUCUGUGUGUGUGUGGCAGGAAGCUGUACCUCUACGGAGGACCGGCCAGGACGCACCAUGCCGACCAGCAGGACCAUCAGGCGCAUGUCAUCGUCCGCAUGGCUGGAUGCCGGACGCCCACUGACACCACAGACUCCAUCCACAGCCAGUAAACCCACAGCUAUGCAUCCUGUAGACACGCCCCCUAGGCCCCGCCCAGCACGGAAUAGCUGGUCCAACCCCAGGGGAUUCAGCCCACCACAGUCAUCAACGGCAGCAAGAGCCAUAUAAAUAGUGCCGCCCCUUUCCACUCCCCUGCCUGUACCGCCCCUCCAUCGUGAUCCCAGUGUUUGCAGAGUCGACGGGGAGGAGAAUCGAUCCACCUCCAAUGUUACUUUUGUUCGUACGUGUUUUAUAUCUUAAUAUUUAAUUCAACUAUAUCUCCACGUUUUUUUUGUAUUGCCUUAAAUAUUUAAACCUUUGCUGGUAACUUGCAAUAACUUGUCUCAACAUUGUCACUAUGAAUAUUACAGCACACAUAGUUAUAUCACAGGUAUUAUAAGGCCAUAGUAUAUAUGUUUAUUGUAGGUAUUAUUGUGUUUGAUUAUGUACAUUGUAUUAUAGUAGCAUUGUGUAAGAAACUUUUGUACUAAAUAUAUUGUAAAUAGUGUUUCAUUAAGUCUUAAUAAAUCUAUGACGUGUGUA